AUGAAUAAACUUGAUGAUUUAAUAACUGAUGAAUUUAAUAUGAAAAUUGACGAUGAUAUUGAUGUUGAUGAGCAUGUAAUUUUACCAACGAUUACAGAACAUCAAGAUGAAGAAAUGCAACAAAGUCAACAUGAUAUGACAGAUAAUUUAAAUGAUAGUUUAUCCGAUACAAAAUCGUUAAUUGUCAAAAAUCCGAAUCCAUUCACCAAUUUAACUAAUAUGGAUGAUAGUUUUCUCGAAGAAGAACGUAAAGCAAUUGAAGAAACGUCAAUAUUAGACGAAUUUCAAGAUGAAUUAUCAGAAAAUCAUCGACCAACUCACUCAUUACGCGAUUAUUCAUUUGAAGAAUUUCAACAAGAUAUUGUUGAAAAUGUGAUAUUGAAAAAAGAACGUAUACUUGAUAUUGAAACAAAUGAAGAUGAAGUAACAAAACAUUUUUAUUCAAAUGAGAAGACAACGAGUAAACCAGCUGAAGAAACAGAUUUCCUUGAUAUGGACGUUGUGGAAAACCAUCAAAUAACACAACAAGAUGACAAUAAUCAAGGAGUAAUAAGUGAAAGUGAUGAGAAUCAAACAGAUAAUCGCAACUUAUUAAAGAAAAAUAAUUCAAUGACUAGUGUAGUAGACAGUUUAGAUGAGACUGUUAACAAUGAAAAUGAGCAGUCCACACCGCAGAUUGAAAACUUAGAAGCUCCUAUCGUCUCAACCGAUUCAAAAAACGAGAAAGACAAACUAUACAACGAUGUUUCAAUAUCAUCAUUAAAACAACAGUCGAAUGAGAUUACACCAACAAUUCUCACAACACAAACGCCGAAAACUAGGAGUCAAUCAGAUAAAAAAACAUCUCUUUCAACAAAAUCAAAAACGUCGAAACCAAAAUUAGCAAUACUAGAAAAUACUACAAUUAAUGUAAAACAAAAACAACAGCAACCAAUCGUAAAAUCUCGACUCAACUUCGAUGAAGUUGAACGAAUAUUAUCCAUGCAUAAACGUGAUGUUUCACCAAAUAAAGUUCAAAAUCGCCUGUUUAUUCCCACAAGUGAUAUAUUUCAUAAAGAUGAUCUUCUAACACGACGUCCAUCUAAUUUUGAAACAGAAUAUUUUCGAAUGUUUGUUAAACCAUUGGAAAAAAAGCGUGUACCAAUACCUUCAACAUCUAUAACACGUACAUUCAUUAAAAAAUCAUUGAUAAAAUCUUAUUCAGGUCUACUACCAAACAUGGGAGGAAAGAAUACGUCUAUUGGUGGUUCUGCCAUGAUUCAAGGUUCUGUUGAAAAACGUUCUCGCUCGUUAUCGGAAAAACGACUAGCAGCAAAAAUGGCCAAAGAAGUUGAACCUUUACCAAAUCAACCAUAUUUAUGGCAUACAUUUUCGACAAAAUAUGCACCAAACAAACAACAGAAAAAACAUGUUUCAUGGUCACCAGUAAGAGAAUAUAUUCACGAUGGACGAACAAAUGAUGAUGAUAGAAGAACGACACGGCAUACCAAUGACAUAUCACAGAAUAAGCCGAUUAAACAAACUAAACAUUUAUUUCCAAUGAGAGGCAAUCAACGAAUAUCGCGUUCUGACACCUCGAAUAAUAUUCAACCAAUUUCCACAUCAUUUAUUCCCGUUUUAGAUCGUCGAACAUUGCUUAUUCCAUCGUCUACCAAAUUUUCUCAAUUGUUACCAUUAUCCAUCACAACAAAUGAGUUAUUUCUAACGCCAACAGUUCAUACACCUAAUCGUACAAUUAUGGAACAAAAAGAUUUACUUAUUAAUAAUGAAAUAUCACCUACUACUGAAAUUCCUAUUCGAAAACAUCAAACAGAUCUUGAACGAUAUUAUGAUGAACUAGGAGAUGGACAAGUCAUUCAUUCACAACCAAGAAAUCGUUUAUUACAAACACAACGUUUUCCUCUAAAUCAUAAAUCGGAUGAUAGAAAAAACAUUUUACACAAUCAAUUACGUGAUAUUAAUAAUAGUUUUCAAAAGAAAAUGAACACAAUGGGAAAUUAUGUAAAAAAAAUUUAUCCAACAAUUUUUAUAAAAACGCCAAAUGAACAAGAAAAUAAAUUAAAACAAUAUGAUAGAUUAUUGGAAAAGAUGAGAAUAACAGAUGAACAAUUACAAUCGUUAAAACUACCAUGGAGCAAAGAUAGUAAAGAAAAAUAUACAUCUACUAUUGAAAACAUAAAUUCGCUUGAUAGAUCAAAACGACGAACAAUAUCGAGUUAUUUUUCCCCAUGGGUAUUACAAACAAUUUUUAUUAUUUUAUUCAUUUUAAACAUGAUUAUUGUUUAUUAUUUCAAUGAAUUAAAUAUUUUAUGGAAACAGUUUCAAGCUGAAUCAAUUGAAGAUGAUGAUAGUUCUUCAUCAUUAGAUCAAAAAAUCUCUCCAGAUACAAACGUACAUUAA